GCUCCAGCCUUCCUACUCCAGGCUGCACACACCAGCCUUGUGCAAUGUAGUUUUUUGGACACAGAGGCUUGUCUGCCUUACAGCAGCCGCACACAGGAUAGUGCUAACAUCUGUGAGACAGGACGAGCACUGGAGCAGCAAGUUAGUGCAAAACGUGGAAAAGUUGAGAAGAAACUUUUACUUCCAUCUCCUUACUUCUCCUCCUGCUUUGUGCCUGUUGGAACAAGAAUGGGUCAGCUGUGUGGACGAUGCCAGCAACUGCUGCGGGACUUCGUGGCCUCUGUGCAGAGGAUGUGCACCAGCCUGGUGUGCAGGAUCAAGGAAUGCUUAACUCUGAUAAGCAAAUGCUGCUGCUUAAAACAAAACAGCUCUAAACCCAGACAACUGUACAAACCCAUCCUGCAGCCUCAUGAGAGGGUGACAGCAGAGGAGUUUCUGCAGCAUAUUGAAACAGGUUGUGUAGCAUCACCCUUUGGAACUGAAUCUCUGGAAGCCUUAAGGACCUUAGCUUUUUCUGAAAACCCAGGUUUACAGCAGUCUGCUGCCCUCUACUACUUGCAUAUGAGUCAGCACAUGAAUGUUCCCCUGCCUGCAGAGCAUCUGGAAGCCUUCUACGCCUUACUACGGUCUGCUGACCUGGAGGUGCAGCAGGUGUCUUCCUUGUCCCUUGUCAACUUCUUGCUGGAAGAAAAUAUUGACAAAGAAUUGGUUGUCCAAAUGGGUUUACUUGAGCCAAUUUUGGAUCUGCUCGAGUCAGAAGAUCCUGCUGUCCAGUGUAAUUCCUGUGCCUGCACCAUGACUUUGGCUGGUACAGAGUCCAACCGAGAGGCUAUAGGUGCUGCUCGAGGAGUUACACCCCUGCUGUCUCUUGCCAGUUCCUAUGAUCCCAGAGUCCAACAAAACGCAGUUGGGGCUAUUCUCAACCUCACACAGUCAGAGAAAAUUCAACAGGUCCUGUGCAAGGAAGGAGCCCUGCCAGUUCUUGCCUUGCUAUUGGAAUCUCCUGACCCAGAAGUGCAGUAUUACAGCUGUGCUGCCCUAAGCAACGUGGCAGCCAAUGCUCAGCACCAUGAAGCCAUGCUGAGACCUGGCAACAGAUCGCUGCUCCGGACACUCAUCUCUCUCCUAUCCUCCUCUGUGAACAAGCUUUCAAGCCAGGCAUGUGUUUGCCUAAGAAACUUGGCUAGCAGUGCAGAUAUCCAGUCUGAGAUGGUCGCUGAGGAUGUCCUGCCCAAGCUGUGCUCUCUCUUGGCAUCCAGCAGCAAGGAUGUGCACCAUGCCUCCAUUGCUCUGCUCUGGAUACUCUCCCAGCACCCACACAACCAGGACACUCUGGCAUGUGCUGAGCUAUUGCAGAGCCUGGGGAUGCUACUGUCAGCACAUAAAACAGACCCUGUGAUUGUUGGCCAUACUGCUUGUAUCAUCAAUAACCUGAGCCUUUCCAAAAACAGACAGAGAAUCAUUGAGAGCCCAUGUGUUGAAGGUCUCCUCCAGACUCUGCUUUCUACUGACAUUCAGGAAGAUUCCCUUCAUUAUGUGACAUUUUGCCUUGCUGAGCUGGCAAAGCAAGAAGGAGCCACAUUAUGUAUGGUCCAAUGGAUGGAUGAGCCCUUGACAAACUGUUUGGUGAGACUGGCUGGCUGGCUGGAACAUCCUGAGCUGUGCUUUCAAGCUGCCUCCAUCAUCUACCACAUGAUGGGUCAUGAAAAAAUGAUGCUUUUGUUGAAGCAACACAUUGAAGAGAUUCAGGCCUACCUCACGAAUUUUCUUAUCCACCCAGAGAUCCGCUUUCAGCAGCUGGGCAUCUCCACAUUCUGCAGGCUUCGAGAAGAUCCAGAAUUUUCAUUAGCAUUCAGAAAUAGCCAAAUGGCCAAACUCCUUGAGCAAGUCCGUCAACAAACAGAAGAGACUCAAGAACUCCUCAAGGCAGCUGUUUGCCAUGAAGACAAUAUUUAAGCCAGAUGGCUCAUGAAAAUUUACAAGGCCCAAACUUUUAGAGAAGACAAUUCUUCCAAUUGUUUCCUGUAGUUAAAGUUUUCCUGCUACUUGCAGUUUCAUCCGAGAUGUUCCAAUAAGAAGAAUCAGAGCAGGUCAGAGACAGUCCUCUGAACACUUUGGCUGCUUCAUUGUGCUUGAGGACUACCGCUGCAUUCCAUCCAGGGGAUUGGAAAACACCUCUCAUGCUUGGGUAAUCUUCCAUGGUUUGUUUUGGGUUUUUUAUUUCGCCACCACAUCCAAAAAGCAGUGCUGCAUUCAUGAGGUUUUAUUCAUGGAACAGGAUGAUUCUACUGAAGAGGCAUCUCUCAAUUACACACAUU